AUGUUGUUCAACCUUCGGGGCAUCGUUCCUCAAAAGGAGGAGAAGGUGAAGAACCAAAUGACGCUUGCUGACAUUCUCGCUUUUCGCGACACGUGGACUGCCAUUCCUGAGCCGAACUUCUCGCUGGAGCGCGUGCUGUUAACGGCACGCCUCGAAACGAAGCGCAAGGCGGAGAUUCCUAAGCUGGUCAUGUCCGAAAAUGGCUUUCGCGUCCGCGACAAGAAGGAGAUGAAUGCGGCGGAGCUGGAGCUGCGCCGUGUGCAGGGCACGCUGAACAAGCUCACCGACAAGAAUUUUGACGCCGUGGUGGAGGAGGCGUUGUCGCCGGAUCUGGUGUUGAACCCAUUGGUGCUGAAGGGCGCGGUGAAUAUCAUCUUCAACAAGGCCAUGGCGGAGCCCGUCUUUUCCGGCAUCUAUGCCCAGCUGUGCCAGCGUAUCAAAGUGUACGAGCAGGACCUUGUCACUGAGGCCACCGAAAACCCUACUUCUGAGCUUGGCCAGCUCAUGGCAUCGAUGUCGACAGGGGACGAAGAGCAGAGAAAUCUAAACGGCCGCGUGGGCAAUGCAUUGGUGAAACGCUGCCAAGAGUUCCACGACAGCUUUGUCAACCAGCCGCCAACGCACAAUGCUGAGGCCGAGGAACAGCUGCGCAAGCGUAACAUGGCGAACAUCAAGUUCGUUGGUGAGCUGUACAUGCGCACCCUCAUCUCGCACCGGGUGAUUCUGGCCGUGUGCUCGACAGCGCUUGUGCUAGGCUUCAUCUCGAGUCCCAAGCUCGUCACCACGGAAGCCGACCUUGAGAUGAUUGUGUGUCUGAUGAACGUCAUCGGUAAGCGGUUCGACGAAAACGUCAACAUGGGGCUGAACCACGUGUCCAAGGAAGCCGCGGCCAUCGCGCACCCGCACGACACCAUCUGGCGCGCGCUGAACUCGUCGAUGAACGACCCUCGCAUCUCGCGCCGUAUCCGGUUCCUCAUUCAGAACCUUCUGGAGUGGCGCAAUAAUGGAUGGAAGCCGAAAGAGAGCCUGGCUCAGGGCACCUCGGGCGGCAGCGUGGACGAUAGCAACAAUACGAGCAACAACGAGCGCUCCAACCACCGCCCUAGCAACAACACUGGCGGUGUUAGCGGACCGAGUGAACAGAUGCACCGCAAUCCGUCGACGAACAACUUCGGUGGCGGGGGGUUGUGGCAACAGCAGAUGCAUCAGCAACACGCCGGUGGCCGUGGCUACAGCGUGGGUGGUGCGAACGCUGCUGGCAGCCGUGGCAUGACACGACCCCCAAGCAUGGGGGACAGAGGCGACGAGAAGAUGAGCCGCGGCGGUGGCCCGGGCACCCUACGCCAGGACUGCGUCGUCAGCUAUAACGAUUUCAGCCAAUUCCCGGCCAACAACGAUUACAUGAUGCCCCCACCGCCGUUUGCGGCACCGCCGCCACCCUUCCCAGAAGAGAAUAUGGUGCCGCCGCCCGCUUCGGCAUUCGGUUCGCAGAUGAGCGAUGAGGACCGCAAGCUGAUGGCGUUGGCGUCGCCGCCAAAGUGCGUUGACGAUGACCUCAGCUCGCGUAUACUGGGCUACGUCCGCGAUGCGCACGUGGAUGGGGACUGGACCGCCGCCGGCAAGGCGAUAGUGGAGACAGUGCCGCAGGACGCCGCGCACAUGUGCCGCAUGUGCGCUGUGUACAUCAUUGUGAAGAAGGUGACGGAGACAUCUUCGGAGGAGGACCGUAGGCUUUUCAUGGACUCACUCAACAGUGGCAUAUUCGACAUCAACGAACUGACACGCGGAUACUCGUGGUGCCUGACAAAUGCUGUGGCGUACAAUGUCAAGGAGGACUUUCCCAAGGUGUACAGCCGCUUCGUAGCAUGCGUGACGGCCACCAAGUGGAUGGACUUCCUGUCGAUGGUGAGUAACGUCAUGGCACGCACAGCCAACUACCUUGACGCGCUGUACGUGCCGCUGGGAGGCGCGCAAAUGGAGUGGGAGGAAGACUUCCUGGAGGUGUGGACGUCUCUGCUCAGCAAGUGGAAAGUGGACCACCCGGGCGACAAGGUCAGCAGCCUCGACAUCCUCAACUGCAUCGCAUUGAUCAAGCAACGUCCCUUCAUGAAGGACAUCGCUUCUGACUUUAUGAUGGAGCUGAGCCAGCAGGGCUACCUCGAUGCUGUUGGGGCCCAGGCGUGGAUUCGUGAAAACCGCACGAACGAAAAGUACAAGAUGUUUCUGGACGAGCUAGAGCAGAUGUAUCCCGACACGGCGUAG